AUAUUUUGACAUCGUGUUCUGGACCCAGCUUCUCUCAGUCCCUUUGUAGCUUUCGAUUAAUCACCUGUGCGUGCGUUAUCUCCGUAACUGGUUUAAUCAACAUAGUGCUCUAAUACAAUAACAUUAAGGUAACUGUUACGCGGGCGUCGAGACGCCUGCUGCAACACGGCACGUCAACACACAAAAAUAUUCUCCGCGGUGAACAACUUCUUUGCUGAUUCACCAUUGGUGAAUCAGUUGAAGGGCAUCAUGACUCGACAAACGAGCAACACGGAGCCCGGCCCGCCGGACGAAAGCCGGGCAGACAAUAGGGGGACCCCAUCAGUCAACUUCGCUCUUAGCCCUUCAGAGAGCCAGUUAUCUGAGCGUUCCAUCACCCCGACACAGCGACAGGUCGCCUUCCUGAAGCCGGCUGCCAACACCGCGCUCGACAGGAAGGCUUCGUUAGUCGAUGAGAAUACCGGCAUCACUCGCACGCAAAUGAAAGAAUUCCGUGAAGCAUUCCGCCUCUUCGAUAAAGAUGGUGACGGUACCAUCACUAAGGAAGAACUGGGGCGCGUUAUGCGCAGUCUCGGUCAGUUCGCGAGGGUUGAGGAGCUACAUGACAUGCUGCAAGAAGUCGAUAGCGAUGGUGAUGGAAAUGUUAGUUUCGAGGAAUUCGUCAAUAUCCUCUCUAAGUCAAUGUCUGGAGCCGGUGGAGGGAGCAGCUCUGCUGAGCAGGAGGAGAGGGAGCUGCGAGACGCCUUCAGGGUAUUCGAUAAACAUAACCGAGGGUACAUUUGUGCUUCCGACCUUAGAGCUGUGUUGCAAUGUCUCGGAGAAGACCUUUCAGAGGAAGAAAUUGAAGAUAUGAUAAAAGAAGUAGAUUCUGAUGGCGACGGGCGCAUUGAUUUUUUGGAAUUCGUUCGAGCACUCGGCGAGCCAGAAGACGCAUGUGAUGACGAAGACGACGAGGAUCUUAACGAAGGAACGGACAUACUCCUCGCGAGACCAGUGGCUGCUAAUUAAUUCAUAUCCUAUUUUGUCCUAAGCUUAUGAUUAGAUUAAUUAACAACAGUUGGUAU